AGUUGCUCCGAGUAGAAGCCGUGGCUCUCUUCCAAGAAGAAGUGGCCAGGCCUCAGCUUGGAGUGAAACCCCAGUCCUCGGCUGGGGUUCUUUCCAUAUAGACGAGACGGAUUCAGAGGGGCUACAGACCAAGAUUGUUGAAAACCAGACGUAUGAUGAGCGUCUAGAGAUUAACGACUCUGAAGAGGUUGCAAGUAUUUAUACUCCAACCACGAAGCACAAAGGAGUUCCUUGUUCCUCAAAUCUUUCUAACAAGACUAUGGCUGAUAACAGCAGUGAUGAGUAUGAAGAUGAAAAUAACAAGGAGAAGAAGAAGACCUCACAGCUGACGCCUCAGCGGGGCUUUAGUGAGAACGAUGAUGAUGAUGACGAUGACGACUCAUCUGAAACUGAUUCUGAUGAUGAUGAUGAUGAGCAUGGGGCCCCUUUGGAAGGGGCGUAUGAUCCUGCAGACUAUGAGCAUUUGCCAGUUUCUGCUGAGGUUAAGGAGCUCUUCCAGUACAUCAGCAGGUAUACACCACAGUUGAUUGACCUGGACCACAAACUGAAGCCUUUCAUUCCUGAUUUCAUCCCAGCUGUUGGGGAUAUUGAUGCAUUCUUAAAGGUUCCACGUCCUGAUGGAAAGCCUGAUAACCUUGGCCUAUUGGUAUUGGAUGAGCCUUCAACAAAGCAGUCAGACCCUACAGUGCUCUCACUGUGGUUAACAGAGAAUUCCAAACAGCACAACAUCACACAACAUAUGAAAGUAAAGAGCCUGGAAGAUGCAGAAAAGAAUCCCAAAGCCAUUGACACAUGGAUUGAGAGCAUCUCUGAAUUACACCGUUCCAAGCCCCCUGCAACUGUGCACUAUACCAGGACCUACGGAUCCUGGCCGCUACUGGCUAAGAUUGCAGACGUAAAGAUUAUGGUUUACCUGGUAUUUUUACUUAGCCAGCUUCUCCAAACCCUAGGUCUUGGGCCUAUGCCCGAUAUUGACACACUGAUGCAGGAGUGGUCUCCAGAGUUUGAAGAACUUUUGGGAAAGGUGAGCCUGCCCACAGCAGAGAUUGAUUGCAGCCUGGCAGAGUACAUUGAUAUGAUCUGUGCCAUCCUAGACAUCCCUGUCUACAAGAGUCGAAUUCAGUCCCUCCAUCUGCUCUUUUCCCUCUACUCGGAAUUCAAGAACUCGCAGCAUUUUAAAGCUCUAGCUGAAGGCAAGACAGCAUUCACCCCUCCAUCCAACUCCAACUCCCAGGCUGGAGAUGCCGAGACGUUAACCUUCAGCUGAGACACCUCCCAUGUGGCUGUCUCACGGCUCCGCCAGCUCCUCUGCCCCAGCUGAGGAGGGGUCACCGUCAGCCUCCUGGCAGCCUUGCCUGCCUCACACCUUGACUCGGGCACGGCGCUCAUCCUACUACCGUUUCUGCCAGAGAGCACUGCUCGUGGUCAUUAAAUGGCUAAUGACUGUUUCAGAGCUCCUUCACACAGGAAGUAUGCAUUGACACCACUGUGGGGAUUUGAGCAAGAAGCACUGGAAUUCCUGGAAUCCCAGGAUGCUCAGGAUGGGAGGAAGGUUGAAAAGAUGUUCUUUUUGAGAUAGCAAUAGGAUUAUAUUCUUUCAUGCAUAAAGUCAAUUGGCAAAGG